CAAAGAUGGCGGAGCAGCGACGAGGUGGUUAGCUCUUAAUGUAGCUCCGUUUAAUCGAAACUAAAUACAGAUUUUUCUCAUCUUAUAACUUCGUGUGUCGCUUAGUCAAAGCUUGGCUGUGCAUACAGAAAGCUAUUUCCCGUCCUCGCUUUGCUUGGAGUCCAGCGGCCCCUUCUCCGUAGCUCUGCGGCUGGCUCACAUUGAGACUCAGGCACAGAUUGCCCUGCGACAGCUUGCUGCUCUCGCUGCCGCCACCGUUGCCUCCAGCAGACUCUUCACUGCGCUCGCCCCUGAGCGAGCUGUUCUGACUCUGAGCACCAACUCAAACCACAAACAUUUCACAGACACUCGCCUGACCAUGUACCACCACCAGCCGCAGGGCCCCCAGGGCUUUCCCGGCGGGCCCCGGCCUCAGAACCAGCCUCUGGUCCGGCCCCCAGCGGACAUGAUGCCUCCUGUGGGGCCCUAUCAGUUUCCUCGCCCCACACAGCUGCCCGACGAGCUGGAGUCGGCCCUGUCAAUACGAGGCUCUCGGGACAUGGACCACCGUCUCAUUGAACACUUAAGUCGGCUGAAGCAGCACCAGAGCCAGGCCUCUGCUCCUGGCUUGACCCAACAACAUGGAAAUUACGGCACCAACCUCUGCGACUCGCAGCCCAAACAGCAAUCUAUAGACUGGUCCAGCUAUGAGCCUCCCACCAAACUGUUCGCACAGCACCCAGGGGGGCACACUGGCACAGGUUUACCAAACUGGAACCCCCCCAUGAGUGACUCCUCUGUGCCCCCUCAGAGAGCAGAGGGUGGCCGGGGCUUCUACACUCCAGAGAGUGCAGGAACUAUUCUAGCCAGCUUUGGACUUUCUAAUGAGGAUCUGGAGGCGCUCAGUCAUUACCCGGACGACCAACUGACUCCAGACACUCUGCCCUUCAUCCUGCGGGACUUGCAGAUCCACAAAAAACCCAAAGCUUCACACUCACCCGAUGUGCCCAGCCUUCUGUCUGUCACUCAGACUGAGGGCAGAGUCAUUGACUAUGGACAUGCCAGUCAGGCAAAGGAUGAGAAUGGGCCCCCAAAAACAUUCAAAAAAGAACCCAUGUCUACCGAAAGGACAGUGAAAAUGUACCCCGCACCUGCCCCAAAGCUGGAGGCGAGUGUAGGGAGGCAGGUUCGCCUAGAGCCAGCCGAGCCGAUCAAGCAUGGAGACCGAGACUAUCGACGGCGGAGCAGCGAACAUCAGUCUAGCCACUCACCGCCUCCACGAGACUUUUCUACAGCUGCAAAACCACGACAUCAAGACCGUGACUACAGACUAGAACAGCCCAAACCUAGGGCCUCAGCUGAGAAGAGGAGCGGGGAAGUGACUGUGUCCAAACCACAUCCUCCUCCCACUGUGAAAUCUCCUCGAGCCGGGCUCAAAGCUCCCAGCAACAAGAAGCUCCCUACGCCCACCAUGAUGAACGAUUUCUCUGGGGUGCCUCCCAAGGUCUACCCUCACACCUGCUCCUUGUGCGACAUGCAGUGUGAUCAGGAACAGGAGUGGAUCGGACACUUGGAGACGGUGAACCACACUGCGGCCUGCAGACACCUGCGCACAACGUAUCCUGACUGGAAGCCAAAACUGCCAAGCCGUGACUAUGGAAAGCGGCAGCCUUCGACACACCUUGGCUCUCGCUCGGCCUCCUGGUCUCCCCCUCCUCCCCCCGGGAAACACAGAGGAACCUCCUACAAGGUCCGGGGCAAAGCUUAUGAUCCUCACCAUGUCCCCAGGCACCAUCCAUACCACACCAAAGAUGUUGAUGCCCGGUUCGACCGGCCUUCUCGCGGUGGAGCACACUCCUUCAGAGAAUACCUGGAAAAGAAGGAACUGGCUGGUGCAUCACGCACUUAUCUGAAGCGGCCAUAUCUCGACAAGCGUUACUCAAGCCUUAAAGGGGAUGUUACAAAGAAGACACUGAAUAAAGCAAAGACCAGCUUAAAGUCAGGCCAUGGGCCCACCAGACCUGCUGAAGAAGGUCCACCGGCCAAAAAGAAGAAAGUGACUGCCCCAGUGCCCGCUCAUGGUCCUGACUGUCUGGUUUAUCUGACGCACAUUCCCAAAGAGGCCACAGAGCAGGAGGUGAUCAACCUAGCUGGAUCCUUUGGUCCAAUCAACAAUGUGCUCCUGAUGCCCUCCCUUGAAGAAGAGGAGGACCAUGGUCAGCAGGCCUCUGUGUGCAUGAUGAAGGCACAGGAUGCUCAGGCUUUUGCCAACGCUCCAAACCUGCUGAUCAGAGACAGGGUCAUCACAGCAAUGCUCGCCAAGAAUCCCGAGGAGCAAUCUGAUGUAGACAGUUCUAUGAAACCUGAACAAGAGAACAGUGGGGAUCAUACCUCUGAAAAGAAGAAGGGCGCUGUGUUGAUAGAGGGGCUCCCUGACAGUGGAUGGACUGAAGAGCACCUCACAGCCCUGGCAGAGCCUUUUGGAUAUCCAGACGACGUCAUCGUGGCCAAACAGAUCAGAAAGGCCCUUUUGCUAAUGCCAGACGUGGAGACUGCUCGAGAGAUGGUGAAGGUUUACGCGUUCAGUCCGGCUUCCAUCAAUGAGCACAAAGUGACAGUGAAAAAUGUGUGUAGAAACCUGGGCAUGCACACACCGGUGGCGUUGUACAAUCUUCUGAUGCAUGGGGUAGAUGGAGUGACGAAGACUUCAGCUGUGUCCUGGGGCAUGCUCGUUGUAGUUUCCAAUGUGCCUGAGACUCCAUCCAGUGCCUCCAUUGUGCACAAACUGGUCAGCCGUAUCGGGACAGUCUUUAACACACUAGCAGUCAAAAAUAUGGUGAUCUUUGAGAUGGCCACAGGUCCUCUGGCCACUGCAGUCUUCAGACAUUAUCUAAAGUUUCCCUGUAUGAUCCAGAACAAUCCUCUAGUGUUUUCACGCAAACCAGACACCAAAACUCCACACAAAGUCAUCCCUGCCUUCCUCGACACAGACAAAGAGGCCUGUGAAGAUAAAAAGGAGCCCCCAACAUUUGCAGAGGGCAGCCAAACUGAAGUCAUUUCAAAUCCAGUGUCCAAAGAGGAGAUGCAAGCUGUGGAGAUAAAGUGUGAACAGACUGAAGCACAGGUGAUGUCAAAUACUGAAGAAAAUCCAGCAGCAACAACCACAAUCACAGUCAAAGAAGAGCCCAUGGAGACACAAACGGAGAAUGUGAUUAAAAUUGACUCAGAGGAGGCAGUGACUGAGGAGGUGGCAGAGAAGGACCAGACGAGUCAAAUGCCCUCUAAAGAAAAUGGAGCCAAAGUCCAAACUGUAGAAGAGUCAAAGCCCCGUGCAUCCACAGAGGGAGCGACCAUGGCCCAGGACACGACAAGCCAAGAGAGCGUCCCCAAGGCUGUCUCUGCCGAAAGAGAAACUCAAGUGAAAGCUUCUAGGCCCUCAGCUCCAUCCGGACAAAAACGAACAUCUAGGGAAAAAAGCAAAGAUCUGGUGAAAAACAGCCAUCACAGUAGCAGCAGCAGCAGAGAGGAGGAGAGGAGGAGAGCGGACAGAGAGAGGAGAGAGAGGGAAUCCCGCGAUCGAGAGAGGAGGGAGAGAGAACGCAGCCGAAAAGAUAGAGAUUACGAUGAAAGAAGCAAGAGGGACUAUGAGAGGGAGAGGAGGGGAGAUCCGAGGAGGGAUGAGUUGAAGAGGGAGGAGAUGAAAAGGGCGUGGAGGAAGGAGUGGGAGAGGAGGGAGGAGGAGUGGGAGAGGAGGGAGCAGGAGAGGAGGGAGGGGAAGAGGAAACCCUACUCAGAGAUGGACCACAAGAGGAGUGAUGGCAACAGACGAUCACAUCACAGAGACAGAGACGAAAGACACAAGAGCUCCAGUGAGAGGAGGAUGGAUGAGGACAACUUCCCUUUUAGUCUGAGCGACUUUGUGACAGUGGACGAAGUGGGUGACAUCGACAAUGAAGCUCCAGAUGCUCCUACAGAGACCGAAACUGGACCUGGGUUGGAACCUGGGCUAGAACUAGGAUCUGAACUUGGACAAGAAACAGGAUCUGAGCCUAAACCAGAGUCUGAACCAGGACUAGAGACCCAAACAGAACAGACUACUGAGACUAGACCAUCACUGGAGACACAGGAGAAGGCCCAGGAUGUUUCUGUGGAGAAUGUGAGCGUUGAAGAACCAGAGGAGAUGGAGACGGAGAUGAAAGUAAAGCCCGAAGAGCAGACGACAGAAGAGCUGACCAAAGAAGCCAGUGCCGUAGCUGCAGAAAUGACAGAAGAGGAGCAGCCAGCAGAGAGCAUUGUGACUGAGACCACGGAGGAGCCGUGCCCAUCCACUACAGAAGAAACCAGUGAAACAAACCAGGAAGAACCUCCAAACCCAACGAAAGAUGAAACACAGAAGGUCACUGUCACAAUUCCAAAAGAGAAGGAGGAGGUGAAGGAAAAAGUGGCCACAACAGAAGACAAAGAGGAGAAACAAGAAACUAAUGGAACUACUGCUCCCUCUGCUGCAGAACCUGAAGCAUCUGAAAACGGUGAAAAAGACCUGACAGAAGACGCUCAGAAAGAAAAUACCCUGCCUCCGUUUGACCCCAACAGCUCAGUCGGUCUGGAGUAUCUGGUGCCUAUGACAGGUUUCUUCUGUAAAGUUUGCACUCGCUUCUUCACCGGGGCAAAAGACGCUCAGAUCGGUCACAGCAAAACUUUGAAACAUUACGAGAACUUACAGAAAUUCUUGAAGAUUUCCACCUCCAUGGAUGAAGCCGCCUCUAACUGAGUUGACAGGAUUAUUUUUUAUACAAAGACUUGCCAUUCCCUUCAUUUGCAGUAUUUUAUUUUGAAAGGACUGCUGUAUUGGUUACAUGUGCUUUAUUUUGUAAUUAACUGACCAACUGGUGUAGUAUGUCCACAAACUAUUUAAUAUUAAUAAAUGCGUUGUUUGGAAUCAGA